UACUGGAACUAAGUUAUUUGAGAGAUAUUGGUGGAUGACCAAGAUGCAUGAUUCCGAAGGAAAGGCUGCCGGUGAAACUGCCCUUGAAGUAGCCAGAAAAAAACACCAACAGUGGCUUAUAAGUUUGAUACAGAAUUAUCGACAAUAAAAAAAUUUAGAACCUUUCGAUUGGUUAAAAGCGUGUGAGAAUGAGGAGACGUCAUGGGCUGUACUAGCCUUCAUUGAUAGUUGUCCAAAUCUUCGAAAAAAUUGCCUUGAAGAAAAUGACACUCCUCUACACCACAUUAAAUUGCAAAAUUACCAAGAUUGUGUGGACUUGUUGAACUUACCAUUUGUUGCGGAACUUAAAAAUACACGAGAUUCCAAUGGCGCAACGCCUUUGCAUCGAGCAUUAGAGAGGAAUGAUAUUUAUCUAGCUACAGCACUACUCCGUGACGAGGGGGUAGAGAGAAACAUUAAGGAUCCUGAAGGCAAUACUGCCAUGUCUUUGCUUGCCGAACUAUGCCAAGAUCGCGAUUGGGAAUAUAUGUGCUAUGAUUUAAAUAUAAAUCCGCACUUGAGAUUAUUAUUUAUUCAUUACGACAUGAAGUUGGAUCCAAUAAGAAGUGCACUAUUUAUUGUAGCAGCACUCUUGGCAACAAUUACAUUUGCUGCUGGAUUUACACUCCCUGGUGGUGUGGAUGAAGAAGAUAACAUGGCGAAUAAGGCAACCAAGGCAUCAUUUAUUGUGUUUUUACUAGCAGACGCAUAUGCUCUGUGCUCAUCGAUGUUGGUCUUGUUUGGUUUGAUAUGGUCUAUGGCUUCGAACCGUGCUAUGGAAUAUUUGUUGGUUGAUCGCAGUAUUUUUAUACUGAUAACUUCCCUGUAUGGUACGACGCUGGCCUUUAUGACCGGUAUCUACACUGUAUUACCGAAUAAGUCCUUGUGGGUAGCCAUAAUUGUCUUCAUCAUCUGCUCUCUCCCUGUUAUUUUUGUGAUAAGGACCUUACUCGAUUACGUACUUUCCAAGCUUGUCCCUGCCGCUGCAAAUCAUUUCCAAGCUAAUCGAAUCAGAUAUCUUGAUUCCCAAGCUGAUCAAGUCAGAACACUUGAAGAGGGAAAAACUUCUCUGUCAAGAAUGUAUAGUACCAUCCCUCCUCAAUAUACAACUUCACUAGCUCAACGUAAAGGAUGCAAUUCCUGUAAGAAAGGAUAGUCAAGCACUCAAGCCGUUUUAUUAAAAUGCAAUACUUUCACCGAAACUUUUUACAUUUGAGUGGAAUUAAGUGUGUUAAUUUGGUAAUUUAAAUACUUCCUCCGUGAAGGGUUAUUUGUAAAUUUUGGGUAUUAUUUGCAAAUUUUAUGUAUUAUAUGUCCCAUAUAAAAAAUUCCAAAGUUGCAAAUAACCAUUAAUAGAGAUAGUAUAAUAGUAAAAGGAAAAAAAAAAAAAAGUACGUAAAUAUGAAUGGGAACAAUGGGAGAAGAGAUACACUUUUCAUGAACUUUUGUCUAAUUAUAACGUCAUGUUUCAGUCUAAAUGUAAUUAUGUCAUUUUGAUUGAUCUCAUUUUUGUGACAUAUAAUCACAUCAUUAU